ACGAGAGAAGAGCAGAGAGAGAGAGAGAGAGAGAGAGUGGAGGGGAAAUGGUGGAAACGGUGGUGUUAGGAGGAAUAUGGUGCGGGUGAGCCGGUGAGCCGACGGUGAUGGCAUGAGGACAUUAGUAAGGAAGAGGUGCGGGUCUAGCGAGGAGGAGGAUGAGGAUGGUGGUGGGCGUGAUGGUCCUCGGUCAGCUACUGACGAGGAUUUUGCUCGCUGCCCAUGCGGGAGAUCGGCUCGCGGCCGCUCGCAGAAUACUCAGGGACGUGCCUUUGAUAGACGGGCACAACGAUCUACCGUGGAACAUACGCAAGUUCUUGAAGAAUCAGCUGAGGGAAUUCAGGUUUGAUGACCUGAGGGAUACCCACCCCUGGUCCCGAAGCGCGUGGAGCCACACGGAUCUGAGAAGAUUGAAGGAGGGCAUGGUUGCUGCGCAGUUUUGGUCAGCUUACGUCCCCUGUUCCUCCCAGCACCUCGACUCGGUCCAACUGGCGCUCGAGCAGAUCGACCUGAUUCGUCGAUUGGUCAACAAGCAUCCUGAAAGCAUGGUCCUCGUCACCACGGCGGAAGGUAUAGAGAGGGCUCACAAGGAGGGUAGAUUAGCGAGCCUGAUAGGGGUCGAAGGGGGCCACGCGGUUGGAGCGAGUCUGGCCGUUCUGAGGAUGUUGUACGAGUUGGGCGCCAGAUACCUCACCCUCACGCACACAUGCAACACGCCUUGGGCAGAAUGCAGCACAGCGGAUGAACCCGGUCAAGUGGCACGCAUCGGCGGUCUGUCCAAUUUCGGCAAGAGUAUCGUGUUGGAGAUGAAUCGACUCGGGAUGAUGGUGGAUUUGUCGCACGUAUCCGUGCCCACGAUGCUGGUCGCCAUGAAGACGUCGAGGGCGCCUGUCAUUUUCAGCCACAGCAGCGCUCACGCCCUUUGCAAUUCCUCGCGAAAUGUGCCUGACCAUGCGCUGCGACGUUUGGCGCAGACAGAUGGUAUAGUUAUGGUAUCCUUCUAUCCCCAUUUUAUCAGCUGUGGCGAAAAAUCGACGUUGGAGGACGUAGCCGCUCACAUAGAUCACGUGCGAAAGAUCGCUGGUGUGGAUCACGUCGGAAUAGGGGCCGGUUACGAUGGGAUCAAUCUAACACCGACGGGCUUGGAGGACGUUAGCAAGUAUCCGGAGCUUUUCGCGGAGCUGUUGGCGCGUGGAUGGUCGGAGAGAGACAUUCAGAAACUGGCAGGCCUGAAUCUGAUCCGAGUGUUCAAGGCGGUGGAGAAGGUUCGAGACGACAUGGCCGCGGAUGGGGUGGAACCUUUGGAGGAGGAGAUCCCGCACGAGGAUAUAAUCGGUCGAGAUUACUGCCGUUACAACGUGAAACGACCGAUCGCCCCAUAAUCGUGGUUGAGAAUCGACUGGGAGAAAUAAUGGCGAACGGUUGAAGAAUACGGAAGGGAGGCAUUUCGAAUA